AUGAUAACAAAUCGAUUAUAUUAUAGAUUAUUUGGUAUACUGGCGAUUCUUGGACAAGCAAGGGUGACAUAUGAUACAAUAGGAGCGAAUAAGAUAAUACUUAAUAAAAAGACACCACUAGGAGAACUUGUAGUACAAGGUAUGACGACUUAUAAGGACAACAAUAUAAUGAUACCAGAUAGUUAUAGACAAACCUGUAAUUUACAAACCAUUCGUAUAAAUUGCAAGGGAACAAUGGACGGUGAAAAACUAGAUCAAGCAGAUGGAACAUAUCUGUCCGUAUACGUAGGUAAUUUAUGUUCAAUUCAAUUAUUGAGAGGAGAAGACGACGAAGAAGCAACCAUAAUGCAAUUCUGGUUGAGUGGAGACAGGAUAAUAAUUAAACAAUUCCUUAUAGAACCCACCACUAAUCAAAAUUAUCAAAUCAACAACCAAUCAAUGGAACCUCUAGAAAAGGAAACCAGAAAACGAUCAUUAUCCGACAAAUCAGAAACAACCACCCCGUCAAACAACACUGAACGUACAGUAACAAACUCUCCAGAACAAAUAAAAUCAGAUGCAAUUAUCUCUACGCCUACUACAACCACUCAGGUACAAAAUGAAGAAAAUAUCACAAAGCAAUUGGGUACAACAACCACCCAAUCCAACGUUGUCACCACUGUCAAGGAAUCGCACGUGAACGCCACAAUUGUUGAAGAAAAUACUGAAAUUAAUAAACUAAGGGAUGUAACAGAAUCUAAAGAAUCCAUAGGGUCAACUACAAGAUGCAAUGAACCAACUAAUAGAAACGGGUUAGAAUCAAAAAAUAUAUAUAUAUUAAGUAUUAUAAUGGGAAUAGUAAUAUUAGUCAUGAUUAUAUCAGCAAUUAGCAUAGCACGGUAUUAUAAAUUGGUAGAAAGAAAUAGAUUUAAUUAUUUAAAUACAAUAAAUCUUACUUCAUAUAAAUCAUAUGAUGAUAUAGACCUAGCGGAAACACAAGUAUAA